GAAGCGUGAGACCAUAGCAAGACUACGCGACUACGCUACGAUUUCGCUGUCGCGUUCCGCGGGAUGCCGACGAGCUGCGUGGCCUUUGGCUGCCGGAGUUGGCACCGGCCAGGAGACAAGAAAAGCUAUUUUCGAUUCCCUUCGAAGAAACUGUUCCCUCAUCGAAGAGCGGCCUGGAUCCGAGCAGUGAAGCGAGUGCUCCCGUCAGACCCAAACAAGGCUUGGGAGCCAAGUAAGGAGUCGCGAAUAUGCGAGGAUCACUUCGUAACAGGGGAACCAUCACUGGACAACAGCCACCCUGACUACGUGCCGACUGUAUUCACUUACGUGAAGAACCGGCCGUCGGUCCUCGGCCGCUACGAACGGUGGAAACAUCGUUUGUCGACGGGGGCUGCUGUCAAAAAAAGGAUUGUGGCCCAAAUAACCGCUCCAGUUCCUGCAAGCACUCAACAUGGGGCACCUCAGCCAGCAGCCGGUUCUUCUCCAGCUGCAGCCCGACCUUCCGCAGCUGCAGCCAGACCUUCCACAGCUGCAGCCGGACUUUCCACAGCUGCAGCCAGACCUUCCCCAGCUGCAGCCGGACCUUCCGCAGCUGCAGCCAGACCUUCUGCGGCUGCAGCCAGACCUUCCGCGUCUGCAGCACGACCUUCUGCGGCUGCAGCCAGACCUUCUGCGGCUGCAGCCAGACCUUCCGCAGCUGCAGCUAGACCUUCUGCGGCUGCUGCCGGACAUUCCGCGUCUGCAGCCAGACAUUCCGCGCCUGCAGCCAUACAUUCCGCGCCUGCAGCCAUACAUUCCACGUCUGCAGCCAGACCUUCCGCAGCUGCAGCUAGACCGUCUGCAGCUGCAGUCAGACCUUCUGCGGCUGCAGCCAGACCUUCCGCAGCUGCAGCUAGACCUUCUGCGGCUGCUGCCGGACCUUCCGCGGCUGCAACCAGACCUUGCGUAGCUGCGGCUCGACCUUCAGCUACAGCCGGGCCUUCGACAGCAGCAGCAGCUGGGCCUUCCAGAGCAGCAAUCCAACUUGUGGCACAAGCAAGAGCAUCCCUGGUCGUUGGUCCCCUUACAGGAGAGACCAGCAUCCCGGAACAUUGUCCGCCCCUCCUGGACAAUGGGCAUGGAGCCCAGACAAGCACUCCAUGUGUCCAGCAAACCAUCGAAGAGAUCGAGCACGAGGACAAUCUUGGUCAGUCCGUGAUGUCUGGGACGCAUGACGGGUGCAGACUCAAGAUUGCACAGAUGCAGCAGCGGAUCUUGAGUUUGGAAGCUGACAACAUGCGCCUCCAAGUGGAGCUACAGCACCACGAGACACGGCGGCUAUCGGUUGACUUCAUCAGACAUGACCCCAAGCAGUGCAUUUAUUACACUGGGCUGCCCGAGUUUGCUGUAUUUGAAGCAGCAUACGAUUUUUUUGCACCUCGGGCAUCCCAGAUGCAAUACUGGUCGAGCAGUCGAAAGAGUAGCGGGAUGAAAGGCCGCCCCCGGGAGUUGGAGCUCAUUGAGGAAUUCUUCAUGGUACUUACUAGGCUGAGAACGGGAAUGGCUGGCAGGGAAAUGGCCCGCAAUUUUGGAGUACAUGAAGCGACGGUGAGCAGGCUGUUUACAACCUGGAUAAACUUCCUGCAGCGAGAGUUGAGUACACUGACACGGCUUCCAUCUCUGCACGAAAUUCAGAUGUAUCUGCCUCAUGCCUUUCGCUACUUCGUAAACACAAGAAUAGUUCUCGACGGAACGGAGGUGCGCAUCCAGAGGCCCUCUUCCCUGGCUGCCCAGAGGCAUACUUUUUCACCUUAUAAGCACUUUAAUACUUAUAAGGCAGUCAUUGGCUGCACCGCUGAUGGCUACGUUUCAUAUGUUUCCAAGUUAUGGGGAGGGUCAGUUUCAGACAGGCUGAUUGUAGAGGAGAGUGGGUUGUUAGGGCUAUUGGAGUCAGGUGACGCCAUUAUGGUGGAUAAGGGUUUCAAGCUUAAUAACAUACCAGCAGGGGUUCAGGUGCACAUCCCUGCUUUCAGAAAGCCGCAAGAGCCGCAAAUGCCAGAGGAGGACGUUGCGCACUCCCGCCGGGUGGCUAGUGCCAGAGUAAUUGUUGAGCGUGUGAUUGGGAGGGUAAAACAGUUUCACAUUUUGGAUCGUCCGUUCCCCAUCACAAUGAUCGGCAUUGCUAACCAGGUCUUUCAAGUUUGUUGUUUCUUAAGCAAUUUCCGGGAGCCACUGACUAGGGAUGACUAGUGUCACAGUCAAAACAUGUAAACUUCCCUGUGUAAAUACUUUAAGGCAAUGAAAAAUUUUGCGAAAAAACAAAUCACUUGCACGACUUAUUUAGCAUGCACGCUGAAUGAUGCAUGUUAAAUGGAUGCGAAACAAGAUUUUGGAUCUCGUAAAACAAGCCAGGUGCAAUAGGCGGGACAUUACAAACCCCCAUAACAUCACUCGUACCGCAAUAUUUCGAACGGAUGGCCGUAUUUUUAGGAAAGAAGGGAGCGAUUGAACGACGAAGGCAGGCAAGGCCUGUCAUGUUCAGAUCCUCAUUCCCCCUCCCCUUUGCCCCCUCGAGGAGGUAAACCGAACCGAGGAGCAGAGAAGGACGUCCGUUUUCUCUUGUUCUCAACCGUUCCCAGAGAAUGGCUACGUCGCAUUCUUUGCUCAGUCCUGCCCUUUUUGUCCAAAAACACGGCCAUCGGUUCGAGAUAUUGCUGUACGAGUGAUGUUUUGGCGUUCGUAGCGUCCUGUGAACACUUCUGCGGCCUUAUUUUGUGAAAUCCGAAUUUUGGUUCAGCAUUCCUUGAAAGACCCUGUGUUAGUAGUCAUUGUGCAAUCACUGUAACAUUAUAACUUCAUCACUCUGUCCAACCACGUUAGACCUAUUGUUUGUGGCACUUUCCCGAUUUUAGCAAUCAUAUUUACUAGAACAUACAUAAUUUCUGAAUGUAGGCCGACCCUUGUAUUAAAGAAAAAGAAAUAUCUGAGGCGAAAUACAAACUAAUUAAAUAUAAACGGACAGUCUGGCCACAUCAAGCUUCCUACCACUGCUCUGCGCACACAUACAGCUUCACCGCUUUGCAUCUGUGUGCUUGGUAGAAGUAGCCGACUCGCGUGGCAUACCUCAAACAGCUUUAUCCUCUCCGAAAUUUUGCUCACUAUUACAGGUCUCUCAUUGUUGCAAAUAUAUUUCUCAUUAACACAUGAUUGUUGAUUAUAUGUAAGCCUGAAGUUAUCUGGAGAUGUGUGCUUUGUUGGAAUAGGUUACUGAUGGCCAGAGUUGGAAGUUCCCUAGACUUGGACACCUUGGCUUUGAGCAGGCACGUGCGAUUUUUUGUUGUAUAAACAGUUGAAAGAAAUGUAAAUAUGUUUGAUAGCCUGUUCCAACUAACCUUGUAUACCUGUUUGCCAGCACAUUAGGGGCUGUUGAUUUCAAUAAAAUACGAGCGCUAGCUUCGA